AUGGAGUCACCCGUCCAAACAAUACCGCUCUCGGCCCGGCAAUUCGGUUCCGAUGCCACAGCCGGGUGGGGACCGACUCCCGCUACCGACUUGCCCAUAGUUUCAAGGAAGAAACAAGCCACAAUACUCUUAUCCGCAUUUGUGACUAUAGCCCUCACUAUCGGCUACAACCAAUGUUUCGGUGUGUUUCAGGAGUACUAUCUCUCGUCCAGCCAGAAUAUGCUAGCGCCAUCUCCGGCCUCGCAAACGUCACUACCGACAGCUCUGCUGGCCUUUGUUGGCACGCUGUGCUAUGGGCUGACCUGGGCAGGUGGCAUCAUGGUGAAUCCUCUGAUAUCGCGUAUUGAGCAUGGGACUUGGGUCUCGAGCACUUCGCCGAAUUGGCGGUGGGGACGCAGAAUUCUGCGUCAGUUGACUCAGAGGACAAUCACCGUCUCAGGGGUGCUCGUGAUGUCGGCUGGCUUCACACUGGCGUCCUUCAGCAGUUCGAUAUGGCAGCUUCUCCUCACGCAGGGCUUUCUGGUCGGAAUCGGCAUGUCGUUGUUGUACUUUCCCCUCUUAGCUCCCGCACCCGAGUACUUCACCAAUCAUCGGGCUACAGCAAUGGGCUUCAUUCUAGCUGGCGGUGGCGCUGGGGGGCUUAUAUUCUCACCCGUGAUUCGAGCACUCCUUACCUCUGUCGGUGGCCGCUGGACUCUUAGAAUCUAUGCCGUGUUCAACCUGGUUGCCGGACUGCCGGUCGCCUGGGCAGUGCCACGGAGCCGAUUCACAGGCGUCUCAACCAUUGAAGGGCCAGGAAGGCGAGAUACCCACGUCUCCCGAGCUCUGGCUUCAAGGGCCACAUUCCUCUUUUCUGCUGUGGCUGCAUUUCUACAGGCGGCUGGAGCCCAGCUUCCGCUUUCUUUCAUCCCAUCCUAUACUGUAAUACUCGGUCUCACUGCGUCCAACGCCGCGAAUCUCCUCGCCGCCAGCAACGCCAUCAACGCCGUAUCGCGCGUCCUGAUCGGCUACGCCGGUGACCGACUUGGUCGACAGAACACACUAGUGUUGACACUUCUAUUUGCUGCAUCGAGCGUCUUCGCGUUCUGGGUCUCUAGUGCCUUGACGGACACUUCUUACUCCCUCCCCCUUUGGUUGGCCUUCAUCGUGCUCUACAGUAUCUCUGCCGGUGGAUACUAUGCCCUCUUUCCAGCCCUUAUUGCUGAGGUCUUUGGUAUUCGCCAAUAUGCUGCCGUGAAUGCUUUUAUUCUUUUCGUUAGGGGAUUUGGCACCAUGUUCGGAAGCCCCGUAGGUGGGCAGCUGCUUGGGAGCUCGGCGAUGGGAACAGGAGCUUAUAUCAAUAUUGCAUAUUGGGACGGCGCACUGUUGAUGGGCGCCACGGCUGCUUGUAUGGGAGUACGAUGGGCCGACGGAAAGGGAAGGGGGUGGAGGUGGAUUGCUUGA